CACCCUCACCGGAGGAAAAGCGAAGAGGAACAGCUGACUGCAAAUCCGCUCCGGCGCCCGCGAGCCUCCUCGGCCGGGCAGCGGCUCCUGUUGCUUCUCGGAGCUCCGUUGCCCUUAGGGGAAAUCUCCCGCGCGCCCGCUCGCCGGCGCCGAGGAGAAGAGGGCCGGGGCGCGGGGGCGGGCGCGGGCAGAGGGGUCUGCGUGGGGCCGCUACCCAGAAGCCACCGGCCGGCGGCAGCCCGGGAGCCCAGCCCGCCCCAACUCAGCGGAGCCGGGAGGCGGGAAAGCUGCGCAGGCCGCGCCCACUGCCCUGCCCCCAGCCCGCCACUCCCAGGCUCCGCGGGCCUCGCUCGGCGCGUCCUCCCGGGAUCGGCUUGGAGGGGAGCGGUUGUGCAGACGUGAUGGAGGUGGUGCUGAUCUUUCUCUGCAGCCUGCUGGUCCCCGCAGUCCUGACCAGUGCGACUGAGCAGGAGAAAGAAACGGACCCUUUUCAUUAUGACUACCAGACCCUGAGGAUUGGGGGAUUGGUGUUUGCUGUGGUCCUCUUCUCUGUUGGGAUCCUCCUUAUUCUGAGUCGCAGGUGCAAGUGCAGCUUCAGUCAGAAGCCCCGGGCUCCAGGAGACGAGGAAGCCCAGGUGGAGAACCUCAUCACUGCAAAUGCGGAGCCCCAGAAAGCAGAGAACUGAAGUGCAGCCUCCAGUGAAGCCUCAAGAACCUGAGGGCAGCUGCAGCAACCUUUAGAUGCAGAUAUCGAUAAGAAAACUGGCCAUUUCAACCACAAAUCUUUCCCCAGGAGAAGCCAACAACUCGUGUGUCCCUUGCACCCUCCCCUGUCCCUGCUAACCCCAAUUCUCCACAUAUCAUGCAUCUCACACGGGCCUUCCACACCUGCAGCCUGCUGUCUCGUCACUGCCUGUGCCGUGUCUGUAUGUGUGUGUGUAUAUGUGUGCGUGUGUAUAUGGUGACUAUGAUCUUUGUGGCUAUUUGUGUGUGGACAGUUGCAUUUGUGAACUGUGGAUUCACUUUCCUGGGCAGGAGCUGUGCCCAGUUGCCAUCUGCUCCUCCCUGCCACCCUGGGGGCCUCCAUCGCUUCCUACUCCCUAGAGUCUGCUUUGCCCCUAAGAGACCUGCCCCCGUCUUGAUUUGGGGAUGAGGGUAGAGUAGAAAUCCCCACCUCUCUUGGGACUGGGAAGGUUUGCAUCACCUUCCUCAUGGCCUUUCACGGACCCUCUUCAGUCCUUUCGCAAGAACCUUGCUCUUGUAUUCCAUCCCGACCGGAGUCCGUUCAGAAGGCCUCAGCAAUUGGAAGUCCAGAGAAGGAGGCGGGGAGCCCAGUGUUGCUGUCAGGCAGGCUCGCCCGACCGCAGUUCUUUUUCUUCUUGGGGCUUCCGCCAUGGAGUCCCUACCUGUCCUGCCCCUUGGUGGAGCACCGGGAUGUUCAGGCCCAGGGCUUCUACUCUGCCCCUUGGGAAUGUGCCCCUUGCAUAUCUUCUCAGCAAUAACCCCAUGGGCUCUGGAGCGCGGCUGCCCUCACUUUCCGAGACGUCCAUCUAUAACCCAGCUCUCUCAGACUCAGUGUCCCAUUCCUGAAGGUGGGUCCCGGGCAGUUGAUGGCUGAGGGAUUCCCAUUCCAUUGGGGUCAGCAUGCAGGGAGAGCAGGAAGGGCUCUGCUUCUCUGCCCAUGUCCCGCUGGCCAGGCAGCAGCAAUACCUCCUGUGUCCUCUGCACCUGUCAGUGGUCAGAGUGGUGAGCGAUGUGUGAGCAGUGGUUGUGCUGCCGGUCAGAGGCCAGCAGGCUUGCACAUAGCCCUGCUGCAGAGCAACAACAAGAAGUUGAAGGUCAUAAGAGAGUGGAAACUCCAGCCAGAUCCCUCCCCACUUGUCCAUUGUGUUCCCAUGGAAACUAAACCUUGCCAUGUGACCAGGACUGCUGCUCUCUGUCUUGUGAUCUAUCCUCUCUACAACAACAGAAAAGAAAUAAAACAUCAUUGUUUCC